UAUAAAGUCAGGUCUGGUCCCCUUCAUUCAUUCUCUCCGCAGCAUCGCCAGGAGCCACACGCACAUCCAGCCCCGAAAGGAACCGCGGCGGGAGCGGCGGCCGCCUGAGCGAUGCCGAAGGUGCCGCGGGGUGCCGGGACCGUCCUCACCUGCCUCCAGCUCCUGCUGCUUCUCACGGGCGUGGAGCCGCGGCCCCGCGCGUGGGGCGAGGACAGGACCCAGCUGGAAGCCGUCAAAAAGGGGAUCCUGGAGCGGCUGGGGAUGUCGGCUCCCCCCGUCAUCCGGCACGGGCUGGACCGGGAGAGCAUCCGGAGAGCGCAGCGGCUCUACCAGCAGAGAGUGGCUGAGCUCACGGGGAACCGGAGCCGGGAGGAGGAGGGAGCUGAGCUCGGCACCAGGCGCCGGCAUCGCCUGACCCCGACGCUGCUGCACCAACCAGACACUUCCCAGGGACUUCAGGACCCCCAGGGACACCAGGACCCCCACGGUCCCUACCGCUACCACCUCCUCCUGUCCCGCACGGAGGAUUUCCAGCGGCAGCUCCGGGUGGUGCAGGCACAGCUGAAGCUCUUCAAGCACUCGCCAGCGUCCCCUGACGUGUCCCCACUCGCUGUCUCGGUGCCCCCUCGGGUCAGCAUCUACAGGCUGAGGGGGGAUCACGGGACCCCGCAGCUGCUGCAUAGCCAAGAACUGGACCGUGAAGCCCUGAGCCUGGAUCUCACGGUGGCUGUGCAGGCCUGGGCUGCCAGCCCUGAGGACACGCUGCACCUGGAGCUGGCCUUUACAGCCAACGUCUCAGCCUCGCUGGCUGCCUCAGGAGGUGAGACCUUGGUGCUGGAGGUGGAAACCCACGAGCCCAGGAGCCGAGGGGCCCGCAGAGCGCGGGGCUUGGAGGAAGAAUGCGGGAAGAGCGAUGGGAAGUGCUGCCUCAAGUCGCUCAAGGUUUCUUUCCAGGACAUUGGCUGGUCAGACUGGAUCAUCGCCCCCAACAGCUACAACAUGAGGUUCUGUGAAGGUUCCUGCCCUCACAACUACAAGCCCGCCAGCAUGCACGCCCAGAUCAAAGCCCGCGUGCACUCCCUCUCCAAAGCCACCCCGCCGCCCUGCUGCGUCCCCGCUGCCUACGACCCCAUGGUGCUGAUGCACUACGAUGGCGAGGGCAGGCUGGUCUCCACUCUCUUUGAGGACAUGCUGGUCACCAAGUGCCACUGUGCCUGAUGGCAUCGCCCCCUGCCCACCUCCCCUGUGGCACGAAACGCCUCCGCGCCAGCCCCGGCUGUGCCAGCCAGCUCAGCCCCAGGGGCUCUGGUGUGAACCCCACUCCACAGGCCACAGAACUUGUUCCUCCUCCACUCUCCUCCCUUAUUUAAAACUCUAUUUGGUAGCUGGAUCUUCCUGCCCAAGGGACCCCAAAUGGGCUGGGGUGGGUCUGUCCCUGGGUGCCCACAGCCCACCCCGUGUCUGAGCAUCAUCUCUCCUCUGCUUACAGACUUAUUUAUACAAACUCUCUUAUUUAUUGCUAACUUAUUGUCUUUUAUAGCAAAAUACCUUUUUGGGGAAAGGGUU